GUCUAUGUUUGGGUUGUCUAUGGCCGUGGUUUAUGGUCUGAAAAAAUCACACAAUAAACGCGAAAUAAAUUAUAAAUACAAGUUGAAAAUCAUCGAUUGAACCAUGAGAAAACAGUUUUGAGUUAGUUUAAUGGGAAAUACGCAUAAUAGAAAUAGCCAAAACCGUAGCCACACACAGUCUACGCAUUCAGACCGCGACGGCCAGGCGUUCACGAGUCAGUUCAGCCUAUCGCAGUUUGUUGGUAACCUGAGCGGGCGGUCGGUGGCGAGUAGCCAGUCGGUGUACAGCGCGUCGCGGCCUUGGUCUCGGGUUUCCAGACGCAGAUGGAAUGAAUCGACUUUAAACAAUCCCCUAGAAGCAAGUAAGACUGCCUGGCCGGUCGCUAAUAAAGAAUCCGUCUUCUUGCCUGAGUUUCCUAUUACCACAGACCUACUCCAGAAAGACUUCGAAAUUAAAGAAACUAUAGCCAAAGGAGCUUUUGGGGAAGUCCAUAAAGUUAAGAAACUUAGUGAGGGAAAGGAGUAUGCUUUAAAAGUCCUCAACAAGUCACAGGUGAUAAGUGAGAGUGCAGUACGUCAAGUGAAGGAAGAAGCGCGGAUCCAGAGUGCUGUUGGUCACCAUUCCUUCAUAGCGGGCGCUGUCGCCCGCUGGCAGACCAAGAAAAGACUUUAUAUCGUUUCAGAAUACAUUCCCGGGGGCGAGCUGUUGGCCCUGCUGGACAGGUACGGCAAGUUACCAGAGGAACUCGUCAAGAUAUUUGUUGCUGAAAUCGCUGUUGCAUUAGAUUUCCUUCACAACGCCGGCGUGAUCUACCGAGACUUGAAGCCGGAGAAUAUUCUCUUGGAUUCUGACUACCACAUACAGCUGAUAGACUUCGGCCUGUCCAAGUGGCUGUCCAUAGGGUCCCGUACUACUACGCUUUGCGGUACCCUCAAAUAUAUGGCGCCAGAGAUCCUGAGUCGGGAGCCGUAUGGCCACGCCGUGGACUGGUGGUCGCUUGGAGUCGUUCUCUGUCGCAUGCUGACUGACGAGUAUCCAACGCCUGCGCUAAGUAAGAGAGCAACGAAGUGCGAAGAUACAACUGACUUCACCAAAGAAUCUCCAGCCAAAGUGCAUAGUUCCACUAACGAUAACAGCAAAAAACACCAACCAGCUGGCACUCUCCCAGCGAGUGCGUCGGAGUUGUCUAACGCGGCGCGCGGGUUACUGCUGCGGUUGUUGGAGCGUGACCCGCGCGUGCGUAUGCGCAACCUGCGCCAACUGCAGCAGAGCGCCUUCUACAUGGGCUUCAACUUUGAACAUGUGAAAGCCAAGAAGGUGACGCCAAAGGCAAUUUUGGAACGUUAUUUUCCUCAUGGGCCGCCCGAAAAAUCUGGAGCUCUGAAGAUUACUGAGCAACAGGAGUUCACCGCGUUCGAUGGAGCCGUCACCUGUGUGUGAAUGGUAUUAAUUAUUUUAUUGUCAAACAAUCAUCAUAAUAACAUUAACAUUCCACGGUGCCAUUUAUUCUAUAUACUUAAUUUAUAAUUAUGUAUGUAUAAAUCAAGUAGGUGCAAGUAAAAGUUUGUAGUAUUAGGUAAAUAAUAUUUUUGAAUCUCGUGAAAAAUCCGUCCAUUGUAUAACAAAUAAAGGCAUUGAUCGCUGUUAA